AGCUGUUCACAGCUACGACAAAGGUAAACACUUGCGCAUUGCGUGAGAGUUGAAAGGCGCGAACCGUAUUGAGAUUUUUCUGUGUGUCCACGAAUAAGUGCAUAUUUAUAUUUAUAUAUAUUGCUCCCUUAGCAAAGAAGGCAAGUGAAAAUGGGUCCGCGAGUUGCUGGCUUUCUCGUUGGCGGGUUCGUCACAGCGUCUGUCUCUGCUGCGCUCUUUCAUUACGAUUUCUUGCGAAAACAGGAAGUGACAAAUAAGAAGACUGAAGAGGUCGCGCUGCAGGCUGACAUCAUCGUAAACCGGUUUCGUGUGAUUGAAAGUGGACUCCGCACGCUGAGCAAACGCGAAGAAGCAGCUGCGGCCGCGGCGGCUGCAGCCGUCACUCCCAAUACUGCCAUUUCGCAGUCGUGA